AGAAAACCCUAUGGGUGAAUGGUGUGUCUCCUAAUUUGUCCGGAAUACUUAACGUGAGCCCAAGGGAGGGGUGACAUGAUAUAUGCUUAAAACAUGUAUUCUUUACUUAUUAAAAGUAGUUUUUUAGACUGAGAACAAAUAGCCAGGCGCCUCACCUGGAAGAGCAGGAUAAUAGUUUCGCUUGACUGGAACAAAGUACAGAGCACAGAGGAAUGCUCCGGAAAGAAAACUCCCGGUCCUAUCAAGAGUUCAAUAAUGAUGAUGACGAUGAUGAGGAAGAAAAGACUCGGUCUCCGGGAUUUUUUGAAUAUCCCGCUGAAGACCUGGAGGCCGACGACCCCAACGACAGCAUCUCAAGAGAUGCAGAGGACGACAUCAGUGGAAGAAACCCAUCGAUGAAAUUUAGCAAAGCCUGCCUGAAGAAUGUCUUCACGGUGGUGCUCAUCUUCAUCUACCUGGUGCUGACCGCCGUGGCCGCCUUCCUGGCCUACCAGACUAUCUCCGACUUCUUGGACAAACUCAAUCAUCCCGUCAUGUCUGUCACCUACAAAGAGGUUGACACGUUUACCGCUCCUGGUAUCGCUCUGUAUCCGGGCAAAGCUAAGCUGCUGAGCUGCAAACAUCACUACCAUGAUUACAUUCCUCCCUUGGUGGAUCCAGGCAAGCCUCAAAAAGGGGACUGCCUUACUGAGGAAGUGACUUACAUCGGGCCCUUCACAAAUGAAACAGUGAGAAAAGCUCUGGUGGUCCGCGGCCCGACUGAUGUCAGAAACAAAGAGUUGAUCUUCAUGCAGUUCAGUCAUAAUGAAACAGACGAGGACUUCAGCGCUCUCACCUACAUGCUUUUUUCCAACUUUAGUCUCUUGACUUCCAGUACCAAUAAAUCAGAGUUCAUGAGGGAUUGUGAGAAGAAUUACUCGACGUGGACCUUCUCUGGAGGAUUCAGGACCUGGGUCAAGAUGUCUUUAGUGAAGACAUCGGGGAAAAGCAGUGACUCGGUGGAGUUUCGUCAAGAGUCCACUGUGGUCAAAUUCAAUGACAAAAGACCUGAAGCAGAGCAGGCCAAUGAGCUCUACUUUGCUGUCUUUGAAUGGCGGGAUCCUUACAUACAAGAAAUCCGACUGAUAGUGACUGCAAAUCCCUGGAGCUCCUUAGCCAUUCUUUGCGGGGUCUUCAUGGCUCUCUUCAAGGCUGCUAAUUUCGCCAAAAUGACCGUUCGGUGGAUAAUCAGGAUGCGUAAAAGGAUUCUGAGGAAUAAAGAAAGAGAACUGAGCCAAGUUGCUGCAGAAAAAAGGGAAAGAUGAAGUGAUUUGAGUUUCCUCUUUAACUUGUAAUCCGUGGUGAGGAUUAAUUACAACAAGAAGUGUUUAUCCAUCAUAUAAAUCCAUAUUAUUUUAAAGUCUGUUUGCUUAAACUUGUCACAUUUUAAAAAUGAGUAAUUGUUCUAAUUGAAUAUCACUGCUGGCUCAAUCACUUCUUUAAAAUGGUCACUUUAACAUUUUUUUCUUGUUGUUGGUCUUGAAUCUCAAAAAAUGAAGUAUUUUAUCACUUUAUCACUACUUUCCAAAACAUUCCUGGUAAUGCAAUGUUAUAUGCACAAAAAGGAAAUUGUGUCUGGAAGCUGAGUAAACAUAACAUAUUUGUUAUGGUCUGAGGGUUUGGAGGUUUUAUUGUGUGAAAAACUGAGAAAAUGUGAAUUGUGGUCAGAAUGUUUCUGGAUUUGAGAUUGGUUCUCAUGCUGAUCAUUUUAUUCUAAAGGGAAUAUUGAAGAGUGUUGUUGGUGGGUUUCCUACUUUUUUUAAAAGUAAUAUCACACUCAUGCCACAAAGCAUUAUCAUUAUAUUGAUAACUCUGAAGGGAUUUCUCUUCAACCUCUUUUUCUUCUGUCAAAGUAAUCUGCUGUUUGUUUUUAAGUACUGCUUUUUAUUUUGUUGUACAUUUGAUAAAUGUAUCAGGUCUAUUGUUGAAUUUACUUGAAUUGAUGUAUAAAUUGUGAUGUAUGAAUAGGACCAUGAUCAAUGUUGUGGGAAAUUUGGAGAAAUAAAAAUAUUUUUUUA